UUGCUAGGAGGUACAUGGUUCUCAUGUUGCUGCUCAUGACUAGCUACAUAAACCUGGGCAGUUUGAAUGCAGCAAUAGUAUCUGCCGGCUCAGUGUUGCGGAUCAUCACACUCACUUCAUUUAUUUGGGAUCUGAGACAACGAGCACCUGCCAUAGGUUAACUUGCACGUGACGUUACGCAAUGAACGUUACAGUGACAGAGUGACUUCUCGCAGCUAAAACAAGCUAGCUUAGCUCGCUAGCUCAGUGGGCUAAGUCAAACUUCUUUGGGUUUCUCUCCCUUGAGAAGCAAAGUGGACUGGGUCUGCGUGUCCGACAGCUCGGAUAUUUCACCAGCUCCUUAUCAACUUCGUGUUUGUAGCUACUUCAAAUGGCUUUAGUGACCGCGUUAAGAAGACUGGCUCACGUCAAGUUACGAGAAUAUUCCUGGAGGACGGCGGCAGUAACUUCGAGUGUUGGAGCCAGGCUGACUGGUCAGAGGAGUUUUACCACCGGCACACAGCCUCUAAGGUCCGACAACAAGGUGACGGUCCACUUCAUCAAUCGUGACGGGGAGAAGGUCACAGCGAAGGGGUCGCCGGGAGACUCACUGCUGGAUAUUGUCAUCAACGAAGAUCUUGACUUUGAUGGCUUUGGGGCGUGUGAGGGAACCUUGGCGUGCUCCACAUGCCAUCUGAUCUUUGAUGAGGACGUCUACAAGAGUCUGGGGCCAGUCACAGACGAGGAGAUGGACAUGCUAGAUUUAGCCUACGGCUUGACUGACACAUCUCGCCUGGGUUGCCAGAUUUGUCUGACAAAGUCUCUGGAGGGCUUGGUGGCCAGGGUUCCAGAGAGUGUAGCGGACAUCCGACAGAGCAAAGACGGAUCCUCUUAACCCACGGCGGGGCAACGUGGAUGUAGACAUUAUGGUUACGUCCGGUCAGGACUGAGAGAAUAAGCACAGGGACGAUGGUGGGUGUUAUUCUGUCAGCACUGCUGGACUGCCACAGCGUUAUUUCCAUUUCUUAAAUUUUUUAUGAAAUACUUUCAAGUUACAGACAACAAGAGCCAGCUUUCAAUAACCAGAAUGUAAAAACAUAGGAUUUGGACUCGCAAAUCCUAUUUUUUAUAGAAAGUAAAACUACAUAGGCAAGAGUUAAACUCUGUAACCAUUGGAGACCCUGGUCGUCCUAGUGAGGAAUCAUGACAAAAUAUUAUGACAUAAACUCUAAGAAAAACCCAUGAUAUCAUAUGCUUAUAAACUCUUCAUGUUAAUCCUGAUAUAAGGUUGUCAAUUUUAAUCACUUAAAAAACUUUUAUUAGUCACUAUGACUGACACAUGAACGUCACUUUGCAGACUUCAACAUGUGCUAUAUCCACCUCCUAGUUUGUGGCUGUGCCUACGAUUAUCUAAGAAAGUAUCUUGUGCUUUUCUUGUUUGGAUGACUGAAUUUACAAGAUUCUCUUUGUGUGUAAAUGCUGUCACUAUCACUGAACAAGGAAAAGACACAGCGCUAAAAGAGUACACAGCUGAUGUGUUUGUGAACCAAUGCAACUAACAGUUCUUGACGCCUCAGAGAUUGUGCUGAUGUCACCUAAAAUUUUAUUCUGCAUAUGUAUGCCCCUACUAUUGUUGUUUUGAUCAGAUCAUUUAUGUAACCAUAUAAUUCAGUCAUGUGAUUGUACAUAGCUAGAACACACAUAUCUAUGUAUAGAGUGAAAAAUAAUGUAAUAAAAAAUAAAUCACCUUUCUAAUGGCGUGUGGAACUGUCAGUUUUUUCAGGUUCUAUGUAUUCAGUUUGAAAAUAUCUUGUUUCUAGCACAGCAUGUCCAUAUUUCCCCCUACCAAUAACCCCAACUGUAAACCAAUAAUUACAUCACAGGUUAAUCAGGUCAUUUUAUUUGCAAAUGCAGGUUUUCUUAGGCUUAUGAAUACAUGUAUAUAGAAAGGAGGCAUAGACAAAAUAAUAAAGCAACAGUCUUGUGACCUAUUGGAAAAAACAUUUUGUAGCUGCAUAAAAUAUAAAGCUUGAAAAACAUCUGGGGAAGGGUAUAUUUACAUAAUAAAAAAAUUGCAACAGGACACAUUUGAUUAAUGCAAAUCAAUACAGGCAUGUGGAAAACCACAUUGUUGGCAACAAAUAGAAAAUCAAGGGUCAUACCUACAAAUUGUUCUACUGCAUACAAGUGCUAAUGCUGAGAAGCGUUUGAAAUGUUUGUAGUGUUUAAAAAAAGAAAGACUUGUGACCGUGUAUGCCAUUAAUGACCAAAUAUUUAAAGAGGAAAGGCUUACUGAAGACAGAAAAACCUAAUCACUGUCACCUAAAAAGGAGUUGUUCAAUAGUAAGAGGCAGUUAAAAUGUUCCACUAAAAUCUACAAGUCUCGUAACUUUGGAACGUUGUUAAAGUUAAGAUACCAACAGUAACAUGAUGUGAUGCUUCAGAAUCAAAACUAUAAUCAUGACUGUAUUAGCUUGUAUAUAAGCUAUAGUGGUACACUGAUUUGGUGUAAAAAUAAAAAUAUUUCCCAUAAUUUCUCCUAUUAUGUGUAAAUGCAACUAUUGUGCUUAAACUUUUCAUUUUAAAUGAAAUAAUUUUAAAUUAGUGCUGAUGCAGGAAAUCAGUGAUGCUCACAUAAUGUUUAAAGUUGUGUAACUCUUUAAAUGUUCUGCUCUUAACAAAACUCAGGUUUACUUUAUAGUAAAGUCAGUAUAGUCAUCAACAUUCAUUAAUGGUACCUGACAGAUUAAAAUGUCCAAAUCUAAUGCAGCAGAAAAUCCAAUGAUGAAUCAUUUUACUUGUUUAUGGUAAAAGAAGGCAACACUAGGUAGUUUAAAUUGGCAGGUUUUUAACUUUGGCCCAAUAUAGUUCAAAAUAAAAACGCAAGUUACAUUCUUCU